AUGCGCCUCGCCCAGACGGGAGCUCGAGUCCUCGAGUUCCCUGGGGCUGAAGGCGCAAAGACGGCGGACACGUUUGCCGAGAAGCUGCGGGGACUCUUUACAGCUACGGAUGGUGUAAAGAUCGCCAGGCCUACUAAGUGCGCAGAGCUGCGCAUCUCGGGCCUGGACGACUCCGUAACGGCCGAAGAUAUCCGCGCUGUAAUCCGGGAGAAGACGGGGUGCAGCGCGGACAACGUCAGGGUCGGCACCAUCCGCCCCGGUCCAGGAGGGCUUGGCGCCGUGUGGGUCAGCUGUCCCGUAGUGUCGGCCAAAGUAUUGGCCGACGCCGGCAGGCUGCUCGUCGGUUUCGUGAGCGCCAGGAUCACAGUCCUGGCGGCCGAGGACCGAUGA